UUUCCCAGCUGUUGGCAUAACUGUUCCGUUUUUUUAUCGGUAAGAUGCCUGAACCCACCAAGUCAGCUCCAGCCCCAAAGAAAGGCUCGAAGAAGGCGGUAACCAAGGCGCAGAAGAAGGACGGCAAGAAGCGCAAGCGCAGCCGCAAGGAGAGCUACUCCGUGUACGUGUACAAGGUGCUGAAGCAGGUCCACCCGGACACCGGCAUCUCGUCCAAGGCCAUGGGCAUCAUGAACUCCUUCGUCAACGACAUCUUCGAGCGCAUCGCGGGCGAGGCGUCGCGUUUGGCGCAUUACAACAAGCGCUCGACCAUCACAUCCAGGGAGAUCCAGACGGCCGUGCGCCUGCUGCUGCCCGGGGAGCUGGCCAAACACGCGGUGUCCGAGGGCACCAAGGCCGUCACCAAGUACACCAGCUCCAAGUAAACUUGCCAAGUCUUCAAGUUGAUCCUGACGUUGAUCCGGAAUUUGGCGAUGAACCCUUACCCAGAAUACGAAAGACCAUGCUCUUAACCAACUUCAUUCUGCGCACAGCUUUUCCAUUUUUCUUUUCCUUCCCCCCCCCCCCCUUUUCAUUUUUAAACCACAGAUACAUGUAUUUCAGGGAGGGGCGGGGGGAUGCUGAAGACGGAAUUUUCACAGAAAUGUCAACAAAGGUUUUUUCUGGUUUC